GCUGCGCGGAGGGAGCCCGGGCGGAGGGAUGUGGGGCUUUGGGGGAGGCAGGAUCUUCGGGAUCUUCUCCGCUCCCGUCCUGGUGGCCGUGGUGUGCUGCGCCCAGAGUGUGAACGAUCCCGGCAACAUGUCCUUCGUGAAGGAAACGGUGGAUAAAUUGCUGAAGGGCUACGACAUCCGCCUCCGCCCGGAUUUCGGAGGUCCGCCCGUCUGCGUGGGGAUGAACAUCGACAUCGCCAGCAUCGACAUGGUCUCCGAAGUCAACAUGGACUACACUUUGACUAUGUAUUUUCAACAGUACUGGAGAGAUAAGAGACUGGCAUAUGCUGGCAUACCUCUCAACCUGACGCUUGAUAAUCGAGUGGCAGAUCAACUCUGGGUGCCUGACACCUACUUCUUAAAUGACAAGAAAUCAUUUGUGCACGGUGUUACUGUGAAGAACCGAAUGAUUCGCCUUCAUCCAGAUGGAACGGUGCUUUAUGGCCUCAGAAUCACAACCACUGCAGCUUGUAUGAUGGACUUGAGAAGAUACCCGCUAGAUGAACAAAACUGUACUCUCGAAAUAGAAAGCUAUGGCUACACGACUGACGACAUAGAGUUCUACUGGAGAGGUGGAGAUAAUGCAGUCACUGGCGUGGAAAGGAUUGAGCUUCCUCAGUUCUCCAUUGUGGAAUACAGACUGGUGUCCAAGAAUGUUGUCUUUGCCACAGGUGCCUAUCCAAGACUCUCACUAAGCUUCAGGUUGAAGAGAAAUAUUGGAUACUUUAUUCUUCAAACCUACAUGCCCUCCAUACUGAUUACCAUUUUAUCAUGGGUGUCAUUCUGGAUCAAUUAUGAUGCAUCAGCAGCAAGAGUUGCCCUUGGAAUUACAACUGUGCUGACUAUGACAACAAUCAACACACAUCUGCGAGAGACUUUGCCUAAAAUUCCCUAUGUUAAAGCCAUUGACAUGUAUCUUAUGGGCUGCUUUGUAUUCGUCUUCUUGGCCUUACUUGAAUAUGCCUUUGUCAACUACAUUUUCUUCGGAAAAGGCCCUCAAAGGCAGAAGAAACUUGCGGAAAAAACAGCAAAGGCAAACAACGAUCGCUCAAGGUUUGAAGGCAGCCGGGUGGACACCCAUGGAAACAUUCUGCUAACAUCUCUUGAAAUUCACAACGAGGUGGCAAGCAAUGAGGUCACAACCAGCGUUACGGAUGCCAGAAAUUCAACGAUAUCCUUUGACAACUCAGGAAUCCAGUACAGAAAACAAAGCUCACAUCGCGAAAGCCUUGGAAGGCGUUCAUCAGACAGAACAGGCUCCCACAGCAAGAGGGGCCAUUUACGAAGAAGGUCUUCACAACUGAAGAUAAAAAUUCCUGAUCUAACAGAUGUGAAUGCCAUCGACAGAUGGUCAAGAAUGGUGUUUCCAUUCACAUUUUCUCUUUUCAACUUAAUUUACUGGCUAUACUAUGUUAACUGAGUGACUGAACUUUUUUAAAGGACUUCAAUUAUAACAAGUGAAGUACUACUUGCCUGCAGAGUUUAUAUAUAUUUAUAUGUAAAAAUAUAUAUAUAUAUGAACUUUUACAAUGUAGAGAAUACUCAUGUAUGUGUGAAUACAUACAGCGAAAGAUCGUGUGUAUAUAUGAGCACACACUGAAGAGCAAAAGUAUAUGUAUGCACACAUACGUGUACGCAUUCAUUCUGAGGUUAUGGACAAUGUAACAUAGAAUGCACUUCCGAGGAACUUUUUAAUUUGAAAGGCAAGUGUCGUCCAAAGCAAGCCUUGGGAACGUAAGUGUUGUAUAUUAUCACUUCAAAACUUUGAUGGUCAUAGAAAUUUUCAAACAGCUGUAAUGGUGUAUAAAGUCAGUAUUUAGUAACAUUGUUUGUAAAUGCUGCCAUACACACUAAUCAUAAGGUGAUAGAGUUACACUGGUAAGUUUAAAGUAAGUCGUUUGUAUUGCAGAACCAUGAACAACAAUUUCAUCAAGCCAAACUUGUUUCUCUUUGCUAAAAUUUCUUGGUUUUGUAUGACCUAACACAUUUUUCCCGCUCAUGAAUGGGCACUGUUUUUAAUGGUCUCUUGCUUUCUCUUCUGCAGUAAGCAAGCUGAUCAUAGGAGCGUUGCUGUAGGUCUUUGGAGAUGUAUACAUGUUCAUAAUAUUUCAAACAAGCAUUUUAAAUGUCCAUCAACAGUGAAAAGAAUCUUUUGUAAGUACUGUAAAUGUGCAGCACAUUUUCCUCCCCUUGGACUGGUUCCAGCUGCCAUGUCAUUUUGAAAGAGAACAGCACAUUUUUAGUGUAAAGUAGCUGAGAUUUCAACUACUGUCAACGUGUUCUACAUCUGCUGUAGAUUUAAAGAUUGUUAUUCCAGUGAAAGCAUAGAAGAUGUCUCAGGUUAUUUGCUACUUCAACAUGAAACCACCUAGCUGUAGCAUUUUUUAAAUAUGCAUUCACAUUAUUUAACAUUCUUAUAACAUUGUAUGUUAAUGUAAAAUAUAUUUGCAUAAUAUGCAUAUAAGUAUAUUUUCUCAAUGUUUUUCUUUCCUGUGCUUGCUAUUGUGACUGCAUGCUAUGUCAUAUUUUUGUUUCUGUGAUGUUACAACUUUUUAUUCUUUAGAAUUGAGCAAAUAGAGCACUUCUGAUACUUUGAUUCAGUAAUGGAGUAUUUUCAUAUUUUAUUUAUAUACUUAAAGUAUAUACAUGUACGCUUAUGAAGCUCACGUCCUGCAGUCACAGAUCACAAAAGACAGCAAGAAGUAUGUUUUCUUUCAGGACUGUGUUCAGACUCACCUUUCAUGCAAAUGUGAGCACUUUGGUUUUCAUUCACAUUCAUUCCCUAAGCAGGUUUCCAACUUUUUUCCGUCUAGUAUAUUGUAGUCAUUCAAGGUAUGCUGAUUUCAGAUCUGUAAACUUAAUUUGUUACUUAUUAGAGCAACCUUUCUAAAGAAAAGAAGAUAUAUUUUUUGUAAGCAGCAUUUCUAUCAUGUACAUUCACAACUACCAACAGGUGCAGUAGAAUAAUUAGAUUUAAAACAAGAAUUUAGGCAUGGCUAUGCCUGUACUCCAUAUGCAGGAUUCCUGGGGAAAUCAAUAGGAAAUUAUGUCAAAAAGAGAGCUUUGAAUGUUAGCUAGGGACAUCUAUGGGAGAAAAAUGUGGAUAUGCAUCUACCAAGAUAAAAGCACCAAGAUGGGAUGAUGAUGAGAAGGCCUUGGAUUACCUAUGAGUAGAGCACUCAUGCUGCUGCCAUGUACACUCUGUUGCUGUUUCCACCCUUGACUCUGCAACUGAGCUGAGAAACUUUGUUCUGGGCUGAACUGCAGCAUAGGCAGUGUGCAAAGCCUGAGCUUCAGUCUCAUCCUGGGGGCUGCUACUCACUGAACAGCAACAUGCUCCUUCAUCUGCCUUGAGGUAGAGCUGCAGUGUGAUCCCCAUUGCUUUGCCCUUGCCUGCAUUGGUAGGCUGCAACAUAUUAUGAGCUGUCUGAUAUUUCUUCCAACUGUGAAGGGAUUGUAGAGCAUGUUGUCAUCAUUAUUGUCAAAGUAAUAAAACAAUUAGCACCUUCCCAAAUACACAUGUUGUAGAUUCAUUGAUAAUAUCUCCCAAGUUCUUACCUUAAUAGCAAAAUGUAAUUAAACAAAAAAUACAAUAUUAAUAAAACAUAAAAAUGGUAGGCUCUGCUUUGGAAAAGUUGCCCUAAUGAAAUAUCUUUGAGCAAGUUUUUUGGUUAGUGCCCUAAACAACUAUUUUGAAAAAAGGAAUUCAAGAAGAGAGUAGUCCCACCCUCUCACUGUUUUUAAUCACUGUUCUCUCCCUUGAGCUCCAGCUCCUAGAAAUGCUCUGGUCAGCCAGGGCUCUGUCACAACUAGAAAAGAGCUUUUAUUUGUGAUGUGAAUAUGUGCUCCACAUGCUGUAGAGGCUUCAGUCAGGAUUUUUACAUAGAUGGACAAAUUACUGACUGGUCUCAGAUAAGAGGAAAUGUGCUUUUUCAGCACCCUGCAUGGGCAAGAUAACUAAGUCUCUGAGUCUCCACCCCCUUGCACAACUGGAGAGCAGUGUAUUACUGUAGCCCCCUUCAGGAAACAGUAUUUUCCACCUUCCCUCUCAUUGCAAAAAGUGAGCAGUUGCACAUUUCAGAUUUUCAUGAGAUUCCAUAUCCAUCAGCCCAGCCAAGCUCCAUGGGGCACAAGCAGCUUGGACUGUGAACAGACUGUAGUCUUUGUUGGACUUGAAAAAAGCCAGGAAAUUCUCACUUAAGGUUAACACUUCAUCCUUAACACGCAUUUUUGUGCCUUUUUUGCCAAUUCCCUUCUUCCAGUCCCAGCACCACUUCUUACACACAGACACACACACAGCCGUGUGUUAAGAACAGUGUUUGCCUUGACCUCACAUUUUCUGGCUAUUGUCACUUUAUGCUAGCUACAGUGUAUGACUUUAACCAUAGGUGGCUUUAAGACUAAAAGAUGAUCAUUCCAAUCAAAUUGCGCCAGAGAAAUGUAUUGCAUAGCUAAUUAACUCAUUUCUAACUCACACUAACUAUAACAUUUACACAUCAUUUGUUUGUAAAAGGCAAUGGAAAAAAAAAAAACAACUGGAACUAUUUGUGUUGUAGCCCAGAGAGUCAAUAAGCAGUAGAAAUAUUAUGGUGAUUUAACUCUAAGUUGAUUUCAUCCCAUUGUAAAGAUAAACUAAAAUCCAGUCUUUUUUGCUUAAGGCACAUCUAUGUAUUUUUGGUAUUCUUCAGCAGUGGAAAAAAAAGAAUAGUAAAAUGGAAUGAUGAAGAGAUGCUUUAUGAAAAUAUUGAUAAAUGAAUAUUCAUUUAUUAAAAAGGAU